GGACAGUUUUGAGUCGACAUUCGGAACAGCCUUUGGCUCUGGAGUCGGACGGGGCCUGGAGUACUCAUCCCUGCACACACAACCGAUAUCAUCGAUCCGGACCAGUCCGGUGGUGUCCUUGGCCGAGCAAUCGAACAGUAAAUACGUUUGUUUACCUCGCGAGACGCCCUGCGGCUAGGGCUAGGAAGCAGCGUAGCGGAAAGCAGAAUGGCCGCCGCCGGGCAGGGAAUGUUACUGCUGGUGGCCCUCUGUCUGUUCGCGUCGGUCGCUGGUGUCGAUCGAAACAAUUUCAAAACCUGCGAGCAGAGCAGCUUCUGUCGCCGGCUGCGCUCACUGGAACCGCAGACGAGCGAGUUCGAGGUGCUGCCUCAGUCUCUGCAGCAGUUCAAGCAGUACAUUACGCUGACGCUCGUGCACCAACGCACCCGGCAUGAGUACGUGCUGAAGCUGGCCUGCCUGAAGGGGGCCGGCUCGUUCCACAUGCAGGUGGACGAGCGGGAGCCGCUGAGCGUGCGGUACCGGGUGCAGGAGGCGCUCGUCCAGGAGCCGCAGUACGGCUCGACCAAGGUGGAGAGCACGUCCGGCACGCUGAUCAUGGUGGCGUGCGGCGAGGCGCCCGACGUGAAGGCAGCCGUCCAGGUCGCCCCCUUCAAGGUGGACUUUUUCCAGCAGGGCAGGCUGGUGGUGACGGCUAACGGCAAGGGCAUGAUGCGGUUCGAGCAUUUGCGCCGCAAACCGGAACCAAAGACCGAGCAGCAGCUGCAGGACGAGGCGGCUGCCGACCGCGGCGAGCAGAAGGAGGAUGGCGGUGAGCAGCAGGCUGAGCCGGUCGCACCGGCCGACGACGAUCCGGGCGCGUGGGAGGAAAACUUUAAAUCGCACCACGACUCGAAGCCGAAGGGCCCAGAGGGGCUGGCGCUCGACUUUACCUUCCCGCAGGCGAAGGUGCUGUUCGGCGUGCCGGAGCAUGCGGACUCGUUUGCGCUGCGGCACACCGCCACCAAGGGCACGGAUCCGUACCGGCUGUACAAUCUGGACGUGUUCGAGUACGAGCUGAACAACGGGAUGGCGCUGUACGGCUCGGUGCCGGUGGUGUACGGGCAUGGCGAGACGGCGACGGCCGGCGUGUUCUGGCUGAACGCGGCCGAAACGUGGGUGGACGUUUUCAGCGCAAACCGGGACACGGACGUGGUGUCGUCGCUGGUGAACCUGGUGUCGUGGAACAGCCAGACGGAACCGCCGGCCGCCAACUUCAUCUCGGAGAGCGGCAUCAUGGACGUGUUUGUGCUGCUCGGGCCCGGCCCGAUCGAUGUGUUCCGCCAGUACACGGACCUGACCGGGAAGGGGCCGCUGCCGCAGCUGUACGCGAUCGCGUACCACCAGUGCCGCUGGAACUACAACGACGAGCGGGACGUGGAGAUGGUGUCGGCCAAGUUCGACGAGUACGACAUCCCGAUGGACACGAUGUGGCUGGACAUUGAGUACACGGACGGGAAGCGGUACUUCACCUGGGAUCAUCACAAGUUCCCCCAUCCGGUCGAGAUGAUCCGCAACCUGACCGGGCUCGGCCGCCACCUGACGAUCAUCAUCGAUCCACACAUCAAGCGAGACGGCGGCUACUUCUUCCACAACGAGUGCACCGACAAGGGCCUGUACGUGAAGAACAAGGACGGCGGCGACUACGAGGGCUGGUGCUGGCCCGGCUCAGCCAGCUACGUGGACUUCUUCAGCCCGGACGCCCGGCGCUACUAUGCCGACCAGUAUCUGCUGACGAACUUCCGCGAGCAGGCGGAAACGGUCGGCAUCUGGAACGACAUGAACGAGCCGUCCGUCUUUAACGGACCGGAGGUGACGAUGCUGAAGGACAACCUGCACCACGGCGGGCUGGAGCACCGGGACGUACACAACCUGUACGGGCACAUGCAGCUGAUCGCCACGUUCGACGGGUUGCUGCGGCGGGGCGAAGGGCGCCUGCGUCCGUUCAUUCUGACCCGGUCGCACUUUGCCGGCAGCCAGCGGUACGCGGCGGUCUGGACCGGCGACAACAUGGCCGAGUGGGGCCAUCUGCAGGCCUCGAUCAAGAUGUGCCUGUCGCUGGCAGUCGCCGGCAUCAGCUUCUGCGGUGCGGACGUCGGCGGCUUCUUCGGCAACCCGGACGGCGAGCUGUUCUCGCGCUGGUAUCAAACCGGCGCGUUCCAGCCGUUCUUCCGCUCGCACGCCCACAUCGACACGAAGCGGCGCGAACCGUGGCUGUUCCCGGAGGACGUGCGGCUCGUGAUACGGGACGCGAUCCGGAAGCGCUACCGGCUGCUGCCGUUCUGGUACACCGCGUUCUACGAGCACGAGCGGCGCGGCCUGCCGAUCAUGCGGCCGCUGCUCGCCCACUACCCGGCGGACGUGAACGCGUUCGCGAUCGACCAUCAGUACCUGCUCGGCGACCAGCUGCUGGUCGCGCCCGUGCUCGACCAGAAGCAGCAGCGCACCCGCGACGUGUACUUCCCGGUGCGGGCGGACGGCCAGGGCGACUGGUGGUACGAUUGGGACACGCAGCAAAAGCACACCGGCACCGGCGUGGAGGCGAUCCCGGUCGACAGCUACAAGGUGCCGGUGUUCCAGCGCGGCGGCACGAUCAUCCCGACCAAGGAGCGGAUCCGCCGGGCGUCCACGCUGAUGCGCCACGAUCCGUACACGCUGACGGUGGCGCUGGAUCGGGAGGGUCGGGCCAAGGGCACACUCUACAUCGACGAUGAGGAGAGCUACGAGUACCGGCACGGCCACUACCUGUACCUGGAGUUCGAAUUCCGUGACGGUGUUCUCAGCAGCCGGAAAAUCGACAUGACAGCCAGCUACAAGACGGACACGUGGCUCGAGCGGGUGGUUAUCGCCGGGCUCGGCAAGCAGCCGACGGCGGCCACGCUCUACACCGACGCGUCCGGCGCUGCCAGCGGACGGUUGCAUCUCGAGCGGGACGGUGACGUCGUGACCGUGCGCAAACCGGGCGUCUCCAUGCGCGAUGCCUGGUCGAUUCGGCUCGAUUUCUAAGGGAGGAAGCAGUGGGCUAUGGAGUGGGUUGGAACUAACGUUUACUAGCAUAACUCAAUCAUUUACUGUGGAUGCCUUUCGAUUCGAAAUGGUGCCACUAUUGCACAGUGGACAACGGCUACAAAAAGCUUGCAAGAUGAUGCUAUUAUUAUCACUUUUGUCAUUGAUUUUUGGUAGUGCUCAACAACAACAAACAGCAUAAUCACUCACGCUCUUUUCACGCAGAAAUAGUUAAAAAAAAAAAACGUCGCGCUCACGCAUGGUCGCAGCCAUGAGCCGACGCAUGGAGUGGAGUCAUAAUAAUUUUUACAGUCAUUUUUUUCGUUGUAAUCAAACGAUAUAAAAUUUAAAAUUGUUGCAGCCGUUUGUCCACUGUGUACUGAUGUAGUGAGAGAAUGUGACCUUGGGUGGAAUAAAUUUUCGUACGAGAACAUUAAUAAUAGACCAGCAAGUGGAAACUACUGAGCUCACCGCUCAUUCACCAGGAAGCACUGUGUCCCGGACGGAACUGUGGAAGGAAGGGAGAGAGAGAGAGAAAGAGAGUUUGGAAAGGGACUUACAAAAUUAUGUGACCAAUUCCGAGAGUAGAAUUUUCAAUAAAGCAAUCGCUUUCCACAAUCCUA